GAAAUUAUUUACGGAAAUUUUCCAUUGCUACAAGUUUACAUGGUGUAAUUUAUUUAGGGGAACCCAAACGACCAUAUUUAGAAAGGAUAUUUUGGAUUUGUGUCAUAUCAUUGGUGUUUCUUAUGUGUGGAUGUCAAAUACAACAGUUGUAUAACAAUUGGAUGGAAGGAGAUAUUAUGACAAUAUUAAAUGAAAGUAAUAGAAAUGUUUCAGCCUUGAAUGAUGUACCAUUCCCUGGAAUCACAAUAUGUAGUGAUUUGCAAUUGCAGAACCUUGACAAUAAUUUAACCAUUUUAAAUCAAACGCUUGAUAGAGAAUAUGAAGAUAGCAUAAACUUAAUGUGUCAUGUUUAUGAACCUAAUCUAAAUAUCGGUCAACAUUCCAUAAGUUCAAAAACAUGGGAUUUAUUACUAAACGCUCAUAGAAUUUUUUGUAAACAACGUGUUAUAUCAAUAACUUGGAUUAGAGAAAAAAUCAAUGUACCUUGUCAAUAUUUCCAACCAGUAUAUACAAUUUAUGGAGUUUGUUAUUCAUUGAAUAUGGUUCCUUUUCAUCAACUGCUUAAUAAUGACUAUAAUCAAGUAUUAUCGAAUUUGAAUCAUACUAAAGCAGAUAUUAUAACAAAUGCAACAAACACUGCAUGGGAUCCAGAAAUUGGAUUUAAUAAAAACGCAAAGCCAUUUAAUUUACCAUGGAAAGUUAUAGGUGAUACUGUCGAAGAUUCUGUUAUAAUAAGAUUCAAUUUACAAAACGAAAACACUAGAAAACACUGUCCUAAAACUGAUAAAGGAAUGACGUUAUUUUUACAUAGUCCGAUUGAUGUACCUGCUAAUAUCCAACCUACAGCUUAUAUUGCUGUCAACAAUAUAGCUUAUAUUACAACAACAUUUACUUGGUUAACAACAUCUGAAAGUAUUUUAGGUUGGAAACCGGAUAUGCGACACUGUUAUUAUCAACACGAGAGGACUUUAAAGUUUUUCAGAAUAUAUACAAUUAAUAACUGUGAUAUUGAGUGUAGAGCCAAUAAUUCAUUAAAGAUGUGUGGUUGUGUGGCUUACUACCACCCAAGAGAUAUAAACACUCCAAUAUGCGGUUCUGAAAAUUACAAAUGUAUGCGACAGUAUUCAAAUGAUGUUUAUUCAAUCUUUGACAAACAUUUGUUUACUAUAAAUACUACAAAUGAUUGUAAUUGUUUAAAUGUCUGUACAGAAAUCAGAUUCAAACAUAACGUUGUAUACACGCAUAGGAAUUUGACAAAGAAAGUUAAAAAUCCCCAAAAACGAUAUCCAUACAAAUCAAUUAUCGUUAUGUACUACAAGAGAAAUUUAUGGGGUGUACAAAGAACUGCCUUGAUACCAGUUAAUGAAUUUUUAGGUAAUAUUGGUGGAUCUUUAGGAUUAUUUCUUGGCGCAAGCAUAAUUAGUGUGUUUGAACUAAUAUACUUUUUUGUAAUACGAUUAUACGUUGAUCGGUGGAACAAAAACAAAGUAAAAAGAAAUUUUAAAAAAACUCGUAAACUUCCUCUAGUGUAGGUAUAGUAUAUUUCGAGUGUAAGUACCUACUUACCAUCGUUGAAGAGUAAUCAUCAAUGACCAAUCAUUGUAGGUAUUUGAAAAAUCGAUUUUAAGCACAGCAGAUGACCUCAGUAUCUAUUUCUAAGGAUAGUUCAUCUUAUAUAUUUGCAUUGUUGUAAGUGUUUUAUUAAUUCAGUAAAUGGUAGUCUCAGAGGCGUAAAUUUAGUUAAAAAUCUGGGGGGGGGGCUAUAAAUAUAAUAUAAUAUUACCAGUCAUUACAGCGCUUACUAAUAUUAUUAGCGAUCGCUUUUAGGAAGUCUUCAACGUUUAUUUCAUAAUUUUGGAUUCUUGUACAUAGUUCUUUCAUUCUUCUUUCUAUAGUUUGGGUCAAUCCUAGUUUUAUUCUUUUGUUGAAUGGCUCACCUACAUCAUUUAAAGCCAACUUUGUUAGAUCUGCAGCUAUUUCAUUUUUAAUUUUUCUAAGUAAUUGGUCAGUUGGAAUUACACCUUGAUCGUGUUUAUUUUGAGUACCAUAUUGUUAAAAAUGCCGAAAAACACCAUCGUGGCAUACAUUAUAUAUAUAUUGUAUUUUUAGGGACUUAGGGUAUAAGAAAAUGUUUAUAAAAUCACAAUUUUUAACAUAAUAUACGAUAUUUAUUUAAUUUUUUUAGGUACAGAUCAGGUAAUAAUAAUAUAUACAAUUAAUAAUUUAUUUUAUUUCUAAUAUAUAAUUUAUAAAAUAAUAUUAAAAUAAAAUUCUUAUAAAUUAUUUAUAUUUAGUCAAUCCCCAGUAUAAUUCUAUACUAGGCAUUUUUUUUCCUAGUGAGGGGAUUUUUUUUCGUAAUUCGAUUACUCAGCCAACCACCACGGUGGUGUGUCCUGGGUAACGCUAAUAGGCUGAAGGGACUCAACUCGAACAACCUAACAAUAUUGGUCGGAUUCAACUCCGAUAACCCAUAAGUAUUUGCGGGACUCAAUUCAAUGUUAUCAGUGAAUAGGUCUGAAGUAUAAUUAGCUUAAACUUCCUAACUAAUAUAAAAUAUAUUUAGAAAAUGUCAUUGUUUAUGGAGAACAGUAAAUAUCUACGUACCUACCUAAUGGUAAAUAGUUUCAACUCUUAAUAUUUUAGAUUCUGAGCGAAGGGAAAGAAGCUAUUGAUUUUACAUUGAUGUGUGUUUUUUUCUGUCUGUCAUCAACUUUUGGGAUAUCUAGUAAAACUUAAUAAAAAAUCCCAUCAACUAAAAUGUAUUAUUCUAUAUUUAAUAUUCAAAUAUCAAACUUCUAUCACAUUUUAAAGAUCUUAGGUAGCGUUAUUUUUGACUCAAAAUUAAUUUUUUCAUCACAUAUAUAGGUACCGAAAUUAUAAAAAAUAAAGUGAUGCGUAAUUUAUUAUUUCGGUUUCAUUAAACGAACAUAAAAUUUUAGAUAUUAGUAAUUUCUUAUUAUUAGUACAUACUUAGGUAAUUUUAUUAAUUCUUCUAACUACCUAUUUAUUCUUCUCUUGUUCACUCUGAUUUGGAUUAACAAUACUUCGAGUCUUCGAAAUAAAAUAAUAUUAUUGAAUCGUUCUUACGUGUUUAAUUUCUUUAUACUUUAAUAAUGUAAGUAAAUAUAUACCUCUCCAUGACGCCAUGGCACGUUCAAACUAAUUUUAAAAUUUACCAAUUUAGAAAGGCGCAUGCUAUUAUAUAUUAUCAGUGUUGGUAUCAAUUAUCAAUGCUAUUACGUAGGUCAUUUACUUUUGAGUUUUGGGCGACAUAGUCCCGAACUUCUUCCCUCAUCCACAGAAAAAUAAGCUACCCCAGCUAAUGCAAGGAAUACCAAUAUAUUCUAUCUCAUUCCUUCCAGUACUAAUUAUAUGUCUUUUUUUUUUGUGAUUUCAUCACUACAUGGGAGCCGUACGCUUUCACAUUCCUUGGUCCCAAACGUUUCUUGACCCCUCGGCCCUCACAUUCCUUGGCCCCUACUAAUUAUAUGUCUAAUAGUCCCAAUAAACUUCUAAAUCCUAAUAGUUGCAGACUUGCAGCCUGCAGGUGAUUCUAAUAUAAGUACCUAGGUAUUUAAUUUUGUUUAGCAAUUACCAUUUUAUAUAUUUUUGUAGUUUUUUUAAAAUUGCAUAUUCUUGCACAAUGUUACCUGUUUGUAAAUGUAUAACAGCGUUGUAAGUUGUAUUUCUUUUUAUAUUCUUCACAUCAUUAUGAUGUAGGCUUAUUUAUUUUUUUGUGAACAGGGGUGGCUCCAGAGACAUUGUUGUGUGUGGGGUGAGGGGGCUAAGUCUUAAUUAAAAAAAAACUUUCGAUAUUACCUUAAUGUUUUUUUUUAAAAUUUGUUUUUAACAAUAUAACAUUUUUUAGAAAUACACCCUUGAGGUGGGAGGGCUGCCCCUAGGACCACACCUGUAGCCGCCCCUGUUAGGUACUAUUCAUGAACGCACAAUAACAACUUUGUGUGGUUAUAUAUUUAAGUGGUCAAGUAGGACUAAGGUAGUUUAGCCGUAUAGGAGUUUGCAUUAUUUUUUUUAUGAUUAACAGGAUAUAGCUUUUUAAGCACAAAAUGUGGUUUGUUUAUCCACAAGUUAAAAUAAUGUAUAGUUUUUACUUUGUAAUUUUUUUUUUUACUUUUUGAAUCUCAAGUAAUUUUUUUAGCAUUUAUUCAAUUUAAAUUUAUUUUAUAUUUAGGCAUUUUUUGUUCUUUAUCAAUAUCUAUGUAAUAUUUUUAUUCAUUUUCAUUUACACUCGAUGUUUUUGAUGGUAAUUAUAAAUUUGCAUUAAUAAUAAUAUCAUCAUUUGUAUAAAGAUAGUCUGUUAAAUAGGUUUAUUUAAAAACAGUAUUAAAAUUUAAAAUAAUAGAAAUCAUUAAUUUCAUUUUUUUAAAUUUCUUCGUAAUAUUAUAAUUUAAAUAAUUUUUACUAAUUAAUAAUUAUAAUACAUUUCUAAUAUUUUAUGGUCAUUAUUGGGUAAUUUUUUUUAGGUUCAUUAAAAUCCUAGUCUUACAGUAAUAAGUAAUAACUAAAAGGUAAUUAGUGAUAAUAUGUUAUACACUGGUACCUAAUUAGUAAAUAAAUUAUUUUAAUGGAAUUUAAUUUUAAGCUUAAAAUGUAUUAAAAGGUUAGGUAAUGGUAUUAUAUUAUCUUGGUUUACAUUUAUACAAUAUUACAAUUUAUAUUGUAAGUAUAGUAGCAUUGAUUAUGAACACUAGU